AUGCGGGGCAAGCCUACGACAGGCAGCGCCAGCACCGAGGACAAGCUGAAGCUGUAUGGCCUUUUCAAGCAGGCCAAGGAGGGUGACAACACCGCGUCGGCGCCAUGGUCCGUGCAGUGGGAGACCAAGGCAAAGUGGGAUGCCUGGGAGGGCGUCAAGGGCAAGUCCAAGGAUGACGCCAUGAAGGAGUACAUCGCUGAGGUGAAGGCUCAGCAGGAGAAGUUUGGCAUCCAGCCGCCGUACGACAUCCUGCAGCAGCGCUGGAAGCCACUAGAGGCUUCGGGCACCAAGCCACUGCCCCGCCAGGCCCACAGCGCGCAGCGCCACGGGCGCCAGCUCGUGGUGGCCGGCGGCUGCGCGGCCCGGUGCUUCGGUGACGUUUGGAGCUUCGAUGCUCAAGCGACCCGCUGGACUCUAAGGUCGUCGGAACCAGGCGUUUGGAAACAGAGGGAAGGCCAUGCUGCAGCAUUUGUGGGGGGGCAGAUGUUCACCUUUGGCGGGUGCCAGCUCUCGGAGUGCUUCAACGACGUCUCGGUGCUGGAGACUUCCGAGCCCUGCCCAGAACAGUGCGGAGGUCAUGGGCAAUGUGUGGAUGGGCUCUGCCAGUGCACCACGCCCGGCUUCACGGGCCAUGACUGCCUGCAGCCCCUGAGCUGCCACCAGGACUGUGGCAUGCACGGCGCCUGCGGACAUGAUGGGCAGUGUGCCUGCAGCGGGGGCUUCAGCGGCGCCCGGUGCCACUUGCCGCCGGUCUGCCCCGGGCAGCCGCUGCCCUGCAGCGGGAGGGGGCAGUGCCUCAGCGACGGCACAUGCAGGUGCCAAGCAGGGGCCGACGGAGCUGACUGCUUCGCGGAUGCGAAGAACCACAGUGCAGGUGCAGAGGUCCGACCACUGCAGCACUGGGCGCAGGGCCUGCUGUCCCUGGCGGUGCCGAAAGAGCCAAGCACGCAGCACAAGAAGUGGAUGCGCGUCUCGGCCUCCGACUUCGGCAUUGAUAAGGUGAACGAGGACGGCCAUGUGGACGCCGCGAACCCCGACUGCGAGGACAACUGCCACUGGCGUGGGCUCUGUGAUGCUGGGGUCUGCUUCUGCCAGCCGGGCUUCUCCGGCAGGACAUGCUCCAUUGCCAAGGAAAACACGGAUGGCACUGUGAACAUUGUCUACACAGGGGCCAUGGCGGGCGUGGGCUUCUUGGCUUCCCUGGGCACCACCUUGGUCUUGCUUCAAGCGCAGCAGCGCCAGAAACGGCAGAAGGACACCGAGGCUGGCUACGUGGGCUGA